AUGGCAUCGCUUGCAAGAUUACUCCCAGGUGUAGCAGUCAUCACAGGCGCUGGAGGAACUGGCAUUGGUGCGGCAGUCGCCAAAGGUUUCGCCCGUUCAGGCUGUUCGCGGAUCGCAAUCACCGAUAUCAACCCGAAGACCCUCGACCAGACCAAAGACGCUAUCCUAAGCAUCAAUCCUUCCGCUCAAGUUUUCAACAAAGCUGGAGAUGUCGCUGAUGAAGGUUUCGUUGACUCGUUUAAUGAUGAAGUAUUUGCCAAGUUCAAGAGAUUAGAUUAUGGAGUCAACUGCGCGGGCGUACUUGGGGGCGAUGUCAUCAAAGCAGUGGACAUGACAACUGAGCACUUCGACCGACUAAACGCUAUCAACUAUAAGGGGUCGUGGCUUAGUUGUCGCGCGCAGUUGAGAAAUAUGUUGAAGCAGAAGCCCUUGGAUCAGCAUCCUAAGCAAAGAGGUUCAAUUGUCAACAUCGCUAGUCAGCUCGGUAUUGUGGCAAGGCCGGGUGCUGCUGCAUAUUGCGCCUCAAAAGCUGCUAUAAUCAACAUGACACGUGCGAAUGCCAUCGACUAUUCUGAUGAUGCUAUACGCGUAAACUGCGUUUGCCCUGGCGUGAUCGAAACGCCCAUGACUACCACAUCGCCAGCCAUGGUGGAAGCACUCAAGCCGGCCAUUGAGAUAGCGCCUAUGAAGAGGAUGGGCACACCGGAAGAAGUCGCCGAUGCAGUACUCUUCUUGUGUUCAGAACAGUCAUCCUUCAUUCAAGGACAUGCGCUAGUUGUGGAUGGCGGCUACACAAUAAACUGA